AUGGAUGAUUCAGUUAGCAAACCUAAUGGGGAUGUCCAUGAAAAACCAAAUACUGUAACCGAUAGUGUGACUGAGGAUAACAAAACUGGUGAAACUAAUAAGAAAAAGAAGAAGUUAUCAUCCUCUGAUGUUUGGAAAUUCUUUACUAAGAUUGGGGUUUGUGAGGAUGGAAAAGAAAGGGCAAAGUGUAAUGGGUGUAACCAAAAAUAUAUAAUUGGUGGUGCAAGAUAUGGGACUUCCCAUUUAAAGCGUCAUAUUGAAAAGUGUACCAAAUGUAGAUUUGAUGAUGUGGGUCAAAUGAUGGUGGACAUGCAAGGAAAAUUGAAAGCCAAAAAAAUAGACCAAAUGGUGUCUCGUGAAUUGUGUGUUAAUUUAAUUAUUCGGCAUGGUUUACCAUUCAAAUUUGUUGAGUACCCUGAACUUAGGACUUGGAUAAGUUAUUUGAAUCCUGAAGCAACUCUUGUUUCUAGGAAUACUAUUAAGAAGGACAUAUUGAGAAUAUUUGACAGAGAAAAGAUCAAGUUAAAGGGUGAGUUGCAUAACAUUACAAGUAGGAUUUGUUUAACCUCUGAUCUAUGGACAUCUUGCACUACUGAAGGUUAUAUAAGUUUAACAGCACAUUAUGUUGAUUCAAAUUGGAAGUUGAGGACCAAAACUCUUAACUUUUUCCAUUUCCCUCCACCUCACACUGGAUUUGAGUUGUCUAAGAAGAUAAAUGCAUGUUUGCAUGAUUGGGAAAUUGGGAAAUUGAAAAGCGAAUAUUUUCUAUCACCUUGGAUAACGCUUCUGGCAAUGAUUGGAGAGUUCUUUCAUGUGCGUUGUUCUGCUCAUAUUUUAAAUUUGAUUGUACAAGAAGGGUUGAAGGUACUUGGUGAUGCUCUUGAUCAAAUGAGACAGAGCAUAAAGUAUGUUAGAGGUUCUGAAGCGAGAAUGAUUAAAUUUAAAGAAUGCCUUCAACAAAUAGGGAACAUUGAUUCAUCAAAUGGAUUGUGUCUAGAUGUUCCUACAAGGUGGAACUCAACCUUUUUUAUGCUUCAAAGUGAUGUUAAAUCCCAACGGGUUUUUGAAAAUUUACGCUUAGUUGAUGAGAAUUACAAGUAUUAUCCAUCUGAGGAGGCAUGGAAAAGAGCAUAA